CUCAAGGCAGCUGAGAUUACGGAAUGCUUCUAUGACCUUCAUCAGCCAUCAUAUCCAACGCGCAUCACAACCAGCAAAACACUCCACCCGUCAUACUGACCACACGAUUGCUCUGGUCUAGCUCAUACCAACCCAAAUUCAUCCUUCCGUUAGCCCCGACCUCGUUUUUUCUACGGACAUUGUGUCCAGUUUGCAGAUCCCAUCAUGCCUUCUGCAACCGGUCAAAACUGGGAGAAGUACUCGAAGAGAUUCGCCGACGAUGAGAUAGAAGAAAAGAAGAUCACCCCUCUCACAGAUGAGGAUAUCCAAGUUCUCAAGACAUACGGCGCUGCCCCAUAUGCGUCGGCCAUCUCAAAGCUCGAGAAGCAGAUCAAGGAGAAGCAACAGAGUGUAGACGAGAAGAUUGGUAUCAAAGAAUCCGACACCGGUCUCGCACCACCACACUUAUGGGAUGUCGCCGCCGACCGGCAACGAAUGUCAGAAGAGCAGCCUUUCCAGGUGGCACGAUGCACAAAGAUUAUCGCCGACGAGAAGGGAGACGAGUCCAAGAGCAAGUACGUCAUCAACGUCAAACAGAUAGCCAAGUUCGUCGUUCAGCUUGGCGACCGCGUCAGUCCUACGGAUAUCGAGGAGGGUAUGCGAGUUGGUGUGGACCGAAAUAAGUACCAGAUUAUGUUGCCGCUACCUCCGAAAAUCGAUGCCAGCGUCACCAUGAUGACAGUUGAGGAGAAGCCAGACGUUACCUACGGCGAUGUUGGUGGCUGCAAAGAGCAGGUUGAGAAGCUACGAGAAGUCGUCGAGAUGCCCUUGCUCUCGCCAGAGAGAUUCUCAAACCUUGGUAUCGACCCCCCCAAAGGCGCACUACUCUAUGGCCCACCCGGAACCGGCAAGACUCUCUGCGCCAGAGCUGUUGCAAACAGAACAGAUGCUACCUUCAUUCGAGUUAUUGGCAGUGAGCUUGUUCAGAAGUACGUUGGUGAAGGUGCUAGAAUGGUUAGAGAGCUGUUCGAGAUGGCCCGGACAAAGAAGGCCUGUAUCAUCUUCUUCGACGAAAUCGAUGCUGUUGGCGGUGCUCGAUUCGACGAUGGUGCUGGUGGUGACAAUGAAGUUCAGCGAACCAUGUUGGAGCUCAUUACCCAGCUGGACGGCUUCAACGCACGAGGAAACAUCAAGGUUAUGUUCGCCACCAACAGACCUUCAACACUGGACCCUGCUCUGAUGCGACCUGGACGAAUUGACCGCAAGAUUGAGUUUUCGCUUCCCGAUCUCGAGGGCCGAGCCAACAUCCUGCGAAUUCACGCCAAGAGCAUGUCCGUCGAGCGAGAUAUCCGAUGGGAGCUCAUCUCUCGUCUCUGCCCUAACGCUACCGGUGCUGAACUGAGGAGUGUAUGUACCGAGGCCGGUAUGUUUGCCAUCCGAGCACGAAGAAAGGUGGCUUCUGAGAAGGAUUUCUUGGAUGCGGUAGACAAGGUUAUCAAGGGCAACCUCAAGUUCAACUCAACAGCGACGUACAUGCAAUACAACUAAAUAGGCUUUCUUAUAAUAUUAUUGAUGUAUGAAUAUGGGCAAACCUUGGGCGAUGGGGUGUGUGCUGAUGCAUCCUUAAUCUUUCUUACUCCAUAAAGGGAAUAGAAACUGGCGUUUACGAGUGGUUUAACCUGCUGGUUCUGUAAAAUCAAGAAUGAGGUGAUACCAUUUCCUAACGUGAAUCCAAUUACUUUACACAUAAUUGCCUGCCCAUGAAGCAUACAACAGAUCUUGGAAGCUUUGGCGUUGGGGGUGAUAUAAUUAGGUAUGAAGCUUUCACCUCAAAGACAACUGCUAUCGCGUAAUUAUUGCCCAG